AUGCCUGUCUGCCCGAAGUCGUCCCUGCUCGACCAUGUCCUCGUAGUCAUUCGAACGGGUGCGACCGAGGUGACGGAGAAGUUGCCCAUAUAUUCCAAGACCAUACUCAGAUGCAUACCCAACUAUGUCAUCUACUCGGAUAUGGAAGAAGAUCUACAGGGUCACCAUAUAUACGACGUUCUCGACCAAGUGAACGACGAUGUGAAAAAGUGCGCGCCAGAAUUUGAGCUCUAUGAAAAGCUUCGCUCCGGAGGCAGGCAAGGGUUGGAUUACGAGACCACGUUUGGAAGUGGACCAUCAGGAGCUAUGGACAACCCAGGUUGGAAGCUCGACAAGUGGAAAUUCCUGCCUAUGGUCGAGCGGGCGCUGCAGCACAGUCCUGACGCAAAGUGGUUCGUCUUCAUCGAGCUAGACACGUAUAUGGUGUGGCAGAACAUGCUCGAGUACCUGGACAAGUUCGAUGCAAGCCAGCCUUACUACAUUGGCAAGCAUAUGUACAUCGGAAGCGUUCUUUUCGCCCAUGGAGGGUCUGGGUUCGUCCUGUCUUAUGCGGCUGCUGACAAGGUCUCGAAACAUUGGAAAGAACACCAGGACGAGUAUGAGCAGUACACGCUGGAGGAAUGGGCCGGUGACAUGAUCUUGGGAAAGGUGCUUGAGGAUGUGGGCGUUGACCUUUUCUGGUCGUUUCCGAAUUUCCAGGGAGACAGCCUCACCACCAUCGACUGGAACAUUACGAAAAUCGAUAGGGAACCCUGGUGCUAUGCACCAACAACAUUCCACCACAUGAUCACGCCCGAGUUCAGCAUGGUAUGGGAGUUUGAACAAAACUGGCUUCGUCGGAAGCAACCUGGAGCGAGCCCUCCUUGUUUUCGAGAUAUUUUCAAAAGCUUGGUUCUCCCAUGGCUCCGAGCUGAGCGCAGCGAUUGGGACAACAUAUCAACAGGAUCAGCCCUUUCUCCAGCAGAACAAGAGGCUCAGUCCUCCUUUGAGAAGUGCCAAGCCGUGUGCGGGAUGAAACAAAAAUGUAUUCAAUUUUCUUACGUGCAGGGCAAGUGUUCCAUUUCUAACGAGCUGCGUCUGGGACGCGCAGCAGAAUUGCAAUGCCUCGAGUAUUCAAACGCGGCUGGAAAGUGCAUCAAAUACGAAACCGCAAAAAGCGAAGGCGACGGAAACCCACAUGGAGAGAGUCAGGUCCGAUCUGGCUGGAUCAUGAACAGAGUUGAAGCAUAUGUGACAAAGUUAGAUCAGUCAUGCGAUGGCCGACCUGAAAGGCAUGAGUGGGUUAUAUAA